AUGCUGGUGAGCGCGGUGGACGGGGGUGUCCGGCUGGUGGAUGCGCGCGAGGGUAAGGGGGUGGUGGCGGCGUGCGGAAGAAAAGGGGCCCACCGGGGGGUAGUGACGGAUGCGUGCUGGAUGGUAGCGGGGAAGAGUGCUGUGAGUGGGGGUGGGGAUGGCAGCGUGAGGCUAUGGGAUGUCCGGGCGUUAAUGACGCCCGCACAUAUCAUGGAGAGGGUGCAUGAGGGAGGAAAGAGUCUUGCAGUCGCCGCAGCGGGAGAGGAGGUGUUCUCAGCGGGGGCGGAUGGGAAGGUUGCGCGGUUUCGUGUGUAA